UGUAAAUGAAAGUCCUUCCAUGACGUCUGAGCUUUUAUAAGGAGCACUUGAAUGCACCAUGUGUGCGUUGGCGUUUCUAUGGUUACUGUUGUGUGGAGUUGUGACAGGAAAACAGUUGCAGUGUUACCAGCCUGCUGCAACGGUCGUCAAUAUAGAGGAUCCAUUCUUCACAAAGCACGCUGUCCACCUACAACAGAACAUGGAUAAAGACCUGAAAAAUGAACCGACAUCUCAAGGGUGGAAGACGGAGCAAGAGAAGCUUCCUGCUCCGAGACAGCAGUGGGACUCAGUGGAGUCGGACACUUACCAGCAGCAGAUACACCACCUAAACAAAAACACACUGCCUCAAAAGAAAAAGGAUGACAGCUUACAGGAGGGUGAAGAUGCAAGUGAUGAUGAAGCUCGAGGUCUUCUAGUUGUUGAUAGUCUUGACGUAGCAGCAAAGCACCGUGCCAAAAGCAGCCCUACCCGGACACAGACUGAGUAUUUGGACACGCAAACAAAUGAAAGAGGAGGAACAAGCCAGCAGCCCACCCAGGAUUCCUAUUCUGACCUACGCUAUGACCCCAACUGGAGGACCAACCUGAGGGGAGCCGGCUGCUUCGAUGACAGUCCACAUAUUUCUGUUGAGGAAUAUUAUCAAGCUCCUAAAGAGAAAUCCAGUCAGUCAUGUUGUGACAGACAAGGACUUGUAAUGAAAGGAGGAUACAGAUACAUCGUCAACUCAUGUCCAGCUGUUGCAGUGACUCCUCAUCUGGCUUGUGAUGAGUCUGAGCCGUACUGCCUACACCCACAAAACGCUCCCCACCAUGAGUUACAACCUCCAUCACCUGAGGCGGACCAUUCAAAGCCACCCUGUGGCAAAAAUACACUGAAAGGAUUCAGAAGGAAAAGUGUAAAUAGUUGUGACAAUGCAGGGGAAAAUAGAAGGUCAACUGAGCUCACCAAGGAUGCUACGUAUAUCCAGAGUAAGGCCUACCUCCUGCAGGAACUGAGAAGCACACAAGGAGGAACAACUCAAAUACAGCAAACUAGCACUUCCAAAUAUCCAAAGGUUUCAUUGAACAAAAAGCUAGAAAGUCUUGCAGAGGACAUCGUGGAACGCAACAAAAUGACCCUGGGGCGCAACAGCUCCAAACGUGGCUCCUAUGUGAGUGUUCAUGCACUUAAGCAGGAGAGGCCUCAUAAAGUCAAUAAGUUCACCCAGAUCAGUGAAGAAAAGAAAACCCAGCGGGAAGAAUACCCCAACCCUCAGCAGCGGCAGCAGCAGCCCCCCCCUGCCCCGGGGGUCACAGCUGAGUGGGGGGACUGUCUGAGCUCAACACUGGCCACACCAGCCUCUGUAACUCAGCCAAAUCCUCAGAAGACAUCUUCCUCACAGCCUCUGCUGCCCAGCAUCCACCUCAACAUCCACCUCAACACUUCCCAUCUCCAUCCUUUUAUCCAGCGGGGUGGCCAGGAUGACAUCAUCCAUUUGACACCUCCUCACUGGCGCCCCCCAUCUGAAGUUGGACUUGCCUUUUUCCCUGGAUGUCAACAAACGAAUCACCACCGAAUCCUGAAGAGUAGUCCUGAACAAUGGCAAAGGACAACUGCAUUACAGUGGCCCCUAUCCUGUGAAGGGGAGCAUCACAAGUGUCCAACUGAGGCCCACACUAAGCCGUUUCCACAAAACCUCCCCGGGACCCCCAACACUCUGUCCCCAGUCUCAGGCCUCGCAGUGCUGCCCCCUAUAAGAGAGUCGAUGACAGGGAGAGAGCCUGAGCCGAGCCCCGAGAACACAGAGUCUCACACUGACGGAUACAGGAAGCUCAGGACCAGAGCAACGUACAAGGCAUACAGUCUUAAAGACUACAAGCAGCUGAAGUCAGAUAUACAUCUGCGAGGCCUGGGCCCUGACUACACAGCAGCUGAACAGACAGCUGAGAAAAUGAAACGACAGAAGCUGUAUUCAAAUGUGAUCCGUGAGCAGAACAAAAGCAUAAGUAGGAUCCCCUUUCUACUGACCAAGGACCCGGAAGGCAGCGACAAGAAAGUUCCCAGGAUGAAGGCCUUGGAAUAUGCCAAGACCAUAGCCAAACCUGUGGCGUCUCAAAGCCCCAAACAGAGAGAGCAGCGGUCCGAGGGCUCCACUGAGCGCGCUCCGUACCUGGAGGGCCUGGACCACCCCCCACCGGACACACUGGAAGUCCUUAGACAGCGGCAUGAAGAAGAAAAGCAGGCUGUGGCACUCUUCAGGAGAGUCCAUGCUGUCUGAAGCAAGGAGGCCGUCUAUUUGAUAUGAGGGCUAUACUAGGGCUAGUUUCAGAUCUAUAUUAACUACCAGAAACAUAUUGGCAUGUUUUCAAAAUAUUUAUCAAAAGACAGAUAAAUAUCAUUUCUGAAAAGAUUGGCCGCCUUAGCUUCUGUGUUGCUCUUAGUACUAUAGCAUGUCUGAUCUGACAAGAAAUGCAUUGUAUGGCUGUGAUUGGUGUUUGUUUUAACCAUAGAUGCUAGAACGUAGUUUUACAAUUCUAAAGCUUGUGAGCCUAGAUUUUGGGAGUCAAUGUAGCUACACAUUGUUUUAAACUAAACAAAGACAGAGCACAUAGAAUGAACUACUGAGACCUUCUUCUUGAAGUGUACUGUAAAAAAAGGAAGGAGCAGUUUAUUUGGAACCGUGUCUCCUGACCGUUAAAGGAACUCUGAUAUUAGAUCAGGCUGCGUUCUGCCUUCUGAAUUACAGUUCUCUUCGAGCCAUUGUUGCAAUGCUUGUAUCAUUAGCUACAGCUUCAGCCUGGUGUUUGUUGUAGCGGCAUGUUGACACGUUCUCAUGGUGAAGCAGUGUGAUCGCUCUUUGAUGACAGUGACACAGUCCCAGGGAGGACUUUGGAACUUGGAAUAUCUAAUGUCUGUUCCAAAAUGCUAAACAAAACAUAUCUUAUAUUCUUUUCUUUGUACCCAAACAUGUAUAGCACCUGUGACACAUGUUCCAGUGACUGCAGUCUCUGGGAUCCCGUGGUAGAUGAAACAUUUUAUAAAG